AUGUCUCACUACACACCGUUCAUUGCAGAGACUUCCUCUCCAACAAGCACCGCGUCAUCAUUUUCUGCUCAAACUGAACAUGGCACCAGAAAAAAUAAUGUCAUUAUGGUCGCCCCACAUCACCCUGAUUUAUACACAAGACUGAAUGUAAUUUUAUCUGCACAGGGCCGGGCGUCAGUGUCAGGCGAAACGAAAGAUUCUGGCGGAGCGAGCGUUUCAGAAGAGCAAGUUGAAGAGCCAUCGUCUCCACGACCCCUGGGAAGGCAACAAACUGCUCCAAAUUUGCCUCUUGCCUCACGACUGCUCUACGUUGGCGAAGUGGUUUGGCAAAUCGAUGACACGGUCUACGUUGGAUCGCAGGAUUCUGUUGCGAACAUGAACCUACUGUGUCGUUUAAAUAUCGAAUUCGUCUGUGAUCUCUGUAAUGAGGAUGGCGAAGAGGUGAACAGGAGAAGAUACGACUGCCCGUGUCUUUGCCCUCGGCGGUCACAACACUUCCGCUACUUUGUAGCAAUGGACGUGCCAGAAACCGAGAAAAAGUGUAUAGACUCGAAAAUCAACAUGACUGUGUUGUUCGAUCAGUUUUGCGACCUUGUGGAGCGGGGACGAAAAGCCGGGAAGUCGGUACUCGUCUGCAGUGCGAAGGGCAGGAAUAGGUAA